AGUUACAAAAAAAAUGUGAAAAAAAGGGAACCAGUGAACCGAGUAUUCGAAUUGCUUGGUGGGGCUUUCCGAAGCAUGCGGAAGAGAAGUAUUUUAAGGAUAAAAUCAAGUAAAAAUCCCCAGAAGGAAAUCAGAAAAUUAUUUCUUUUAAAACGAAAAUUAUUUGAACAGCUUUUACGGUAAACUUUGACAUGGACGAUCUUUUUGCGUCGAAGGAUGAAUCUUGUGGUUCGGAUAGCGAGUCAUUUACUACAUGCCAUCCAGGUUACAUGUAUUUUUUUAUGAUCACAUAUCUGCACUGUAUCAACAAGCAAAUAGAGGCAAAACUAGAAAGUGAUGUAGGAUUGAAUUGGCGAGCCAACAACAUUUGGUAUGGCGUCUCUGUCGAUAAAAACCUAUUGGACACUGUAUUCGGCUCAAUAAACAAUUUGGAAAAAAUAUUCUUUGCAAGUAGAAUAUUAAAGAAGGACGACGACCUUCGAAAAGCAAAAUUCUGCACUCGUGGUGAGGAAAUUCUACCAGCUCUCCAACACAAGUAUCAACAUUUGGACUUUGGUUUGAAAUCAUACUUUAUUGUUGCACAGAUAUCUUCAAAGCAUAUUCAACUCAGUUUGCAUCAAGUUGUUAAACUGGUAUCACCCGAAGAAGAUCCAGCGUCCAUCAUUAUUCAGGAUGAAAUGUUACAUAUCGAUGAUGUAUCUGAUACACUUUGUAAGAGUAUUAUGAAGAGCCUACAAGUCAAUUGUCAAGUUGAUUAUUGUACCACACACAAGAGUCAGGGAGAUACACAAUAUGAUUUUCAGUCAUUAGAGAUAUAUAGCAAUAUUUAUCGAAAUUUAAAACCAUGUGUUGUUGAACUUUUCGAAAAAAACAAAUCAAAUUUGGACAUGGAUUCCAUUAUACAGCUGAGUAUCAACACGAAAUGUGGUUGCAGUAUAAGCAUAUUUCUUCGUGAUAUUAUUGAAGUAGGCCUUAUGUCAGUGAUAGAAGGUAUAACAACAGAUAUAGUGGCUUCUUUGACUGACAAAACGUUAUUCGGAAACUAUGUGCCGAAUUAUAUUUUUGUGCUUGGAAAUCCGUUCAAUCUGGUGCAGCGUUCAAAAAUUCACACAGCAUACACCAUGAUAAUGCAAAAAGCAAUUGAUGACGCCGUAUAUAUCAAAGAAAAAGAUACAAAGACAUUUGUACCAAGAGAAUCUAUUUACCAAUUACUGAAGACGUUUUCAUCUAGAAAAAAGCCUUACAUGUUUGAUAGGUUUGUCACUGGAACUUUGUGCCAAGUAUCAAGCAAUACAUACGGGAUGCGAAUUUCAUUUAAUUUUCCAGUCGAAUGGAUGACUUUCACCCGAAUAAACAGUGAUGGCGAUAUCAAAAAUACUAUUGCAGAUGAUGGUAGUUAUUUGGUACUUAUACAGAAAGGAAAGCCAGUUCCUACAAAUGGGCAUAUAAUUCAAAUCAAUAAACCUGAAGGUAAGUUCGUUGCCAUGAUUGUUCUUCUUCGUUUGUGCUAAUGAGACUCACUUCUACUUACACAUAGGUAUCUCUUUAAAUUUUCUUCCAUUAGAAAGUUCAACCAAUACCAUUCCGAACAAGUAUGCUCUAUUGCACGGCGACACUCCUGGUGGUACAUAUAAAAUAUACGCCAGUGCUUUAUCGCGUUAUAGAAUUGGAACAUUUGUGGUAGAAUAUGAGCAGAUUAGCAAUAAUUUAUCUAUCAAAGUGUCACGAGGAUGUAUGGGUCAUAUUAGGGACUAUAUUGAUAGACUUUAUUACGUAACCGAAAAUGUCAUGGAGCCAUUGACACUCGCUUAUAUAUAACCUAUCUUUCCUUCAAUAAAAUCAUAUAUUAUACACAACAAAUUAA